AUGUCUGCAAAAACUGUACAAGAACCCAAUGGCAAGAAAAAAACGAUAGCUGGUGGCGGCGCUGGUAUGAUGGAAGCCCUCGUUUGCCAUCCAUUAGGUACGCCCAGUGCAGGCCUCGAAUCCAUACAGGUUGACAUGCUAAUGACUGCCACAGAUACUAUCAAAGUGCGAAUGCAACUGUCGAAGAGAGCAAAGGCGCCAGGAGUGAAACCGCGUGGUUUCUUGGCCACCGGCGUGGAAAUCGUACAGAAGGAGACCGCAUUGGGUCUGUACAAGGGUCUCGGUGCCGUCCUGGGCGGAAUCAUUCCCAAGAUGGCCAUCCGUUUCACCUCCUACGAGUACUACAAGACGUUGUUGGCAAGCAAGGAGACUGGGCAGAUUUCGCGCAAGGGAACCUUCAUUGGUACGGGGAUCAUCCCUCCUGGUCUUGCGGCUGGUAUUACCGAAGCUGUCGCCGUCGUCAACCCGAUGGAGGUCGUCAAAAUCCGAUUACAAGCCCAGCAUCACAGUCUUUCUGAUCCGCUCGACCGCCCCAAAUACCGAAGUGCCCCCCACGCUCUGUUCACCGUUGUCCGGGAGGAGGGCAUAGGUGCACUCUACCGUGGUGUCUCCCUGACAGCGCUGCGGCAGGGAACAAACCAAGCCGCGAACUUCACCACAUACACGGAGCUGAAGGCAUUCCUCCAGAGAAUACAGCCCGAGUACAAAGACAAGGAGCUUCCUUCGUACCAGACCACCAUCAUCGGCCUUAUCUCGGGUGCUAUGGGUCCAUUCUCGAACGCGCCCAUCGACACGAUCAAGACGCGGUUGCAGAGAACCCCUGCUGAGCCCGGCCAAAGCGCCAUGUCGCGGAUCACGACCAUCGCAAGGGACAUGUUCAAACAGGAGGGUGCCCGGGCUUUCUACAAGGGAAUUACUCCCCGUGUGAUGAGAGUGGCCCCUGGUCAAGCCGUCACCUUCACCGUGUACGAGUUCCUGAAAGAGAGGAUCGAGAAGUCCAACUGGGCUUUUGCGGGGGUACAUAGUUCUGAAAUAUCGCUUCAAGGUAUCUGCCUUCAGAAUCCCAAAAUAGCAAUAGCAAGACAAGAGCACAGCGGAAGCUGCUGUUUAAGUGUGUUUGUAGAAGAGCUCGCUGUUAAUCUAAUUCUAACUGUAAAUUCUAACUCUUUGGCUUCAUCGGACAUCUGCCAGGUAGACGAUAGAUGCAGCUCCAGCAACGACAACUCCUGUAACAGGAUUGCGGGGCGCCAUCCAGCUGCCUACAGAACUCCCGUCAACACCAUCAACAACUCAACAACUCCACAUACACAAACAAGAUACGAAUCUUUGACACCUCAAGAUGCAGUCUGGAAUAUCAGCACGCGGCUGAUUAAAACCAAACACCGAAAACCAGUCUCCUCUGAGCUACACGAUGCUUUCAAUGCCUUUACAUCGGACCAAUCGCUCUUUGCUCUCCCGGUCACCAUCGCUUCGGAGAGCCUGACGCCGCUCUCAUCGAUCCCGUUCUCAACGUCCCCUAGUGCGGGUGCGGGUGCGGAUGCCUCCUUCUACGCUUCGCUCCCUCAACUCUCCUCGGUCCUGCAACCAAAGACCCCCCUUUACCUGAUCCUCCGCUAUGGAUCGUCACUCCUCGCAUUGACCUACAUCCCCUCCAACGCGCCUGUUCGCGCCAAGACCCUCUUCGCAUCGACGCGGGCGACGCUGGCCCGGGAACUGGGCACCGAGAAGUUUGCGUCCACCAUCUUCGCGACGGAAGAGGAGGAGGUCCUGAGCGAGGAGGCGUGGAGGGAGCGCAACCUCGAUGGCAAGGGCAACAGUGGGUUCAGACGCGAGGACCUCAUGGAUGAGAAGGAGAGAGAGCUGGAGGCCGUGAAACGAGCGGAGGAGGAGGCAAGGAGUGGGACGGCCGGUAGGGAUGUUGGCAUUGGGGGAACGCUGGGAAGGGUCAGUGGAACAGCGACGGGCGGCGGCAUGGGGUUCAAAAUGCCCGUGGAUGACGACGCGAGAGAAGCGUUGCGGGCGCUACAAGACGGAGGGCUAGUACAACUGGCUAUCGAUGUCCCAUCAGAAACCAUCAAGCUUGCCAGUGCAGAGUCCAAUGUCCCUGCAAGUUCCGUGGCAUCCAAGAUCUCAGAAUCCUCGCCACGAUACACCUUCUACCACUACCCAGGGUCCGACACGGUCGUCUUCAUCUACACAUGCCCGCCGAACUCAUCGAUUAAAGAGCGCAUGUUGUAUGCUAGCACGCGGAGAAUUGCUAUCGACAUUGGGGAGACCGAAGGACUGAAAGUUUCGAAGAAGGCGAGUUCCUCUCCCAAGGUCGAGGAAAUGUGGACAAGCAUCUGA